UACCAGGACCGAACAAUGCUGAUGAAAUACACCGACAUUGAUUACCAGGUCUUCACCGAUGCUGCCAGAUACGUCACGGAAGGAAGGUCCCCUUACCAGCGGGCCACCUACCGCUACACGCCGCUCCUGGCCUGGAUGUUAACCCCCAACAUUUAUGUCAGCGACUUGUUUGGCAAGAUCCUUUUUGUGACCGGGGACCUGGUGGCUGCCUUCCUGAUCGACCAGAUCUUGCUCCUCCGAGGGCUGGAUAGCCGGACGGCUUGUUGCUGCUGCGCCUUCUGGCUGUUCAACCCGCUCCCCGUCACCGUGUCCAGCCGAGGCAAUGCCGAAUCUCUCGUGGCCAGCUUGGUCCUGGCCACCCUCUACUACCUGGCCAGGAGGCACGUAGUGAAGGCGGCUGUGCUUUACGGCCUCGCCGUCCAUACGAAGAUCUACCCGGUGACUUACGCGCUGCCCUUCGUCCUCUAUUUGCAAAGUCGCGCCGUAGCAGAGCGGGACAAACCAAAGGGGAAGGCAGCUCGCCUCGGGCUCUCCUCGAGCUGGUUCACGCGGGAGGUCCUGCUUUUCGCCAUGGUCUCCGGGGGCACCUUUACCGCCCUGGCUCUCUCCUUCUAUGCCUACUACGGCUGGGAAUUCCUGCAGCACACCUACCUCUACCACUUGGUCCGGAGAGAUACCCGACACAACUUCUCACCGUACUUCUACCUGCUGUAUUUGACGGCUGAAAGCCGCUGGAGUUUGGCCCUGGGGCUGGCGGCCUUCCUGCCCCAGCUGCUGCUGCUUCUCGCCAUCUCCUUCGUCUACUACCGAGACCUGGCCUUCUGCUGCUUCUUGCACACGGCGGUUUUCGUCAGCUUUAACAAAGUCUGCACCUCUCAGUAUUUCUUGUGGUACCUCUGCCUUCUGCCCCUGGUGGUGCCUUUCCUGCAGAUGUCCCGGGCGCGGGGGACCCUGUUGCUGGGGCUGUGGCUCCUGGGGCAGGGUCUCUGGCUGCUCCCGGCUUAUUUUCUCGAGUUUCGAGGGCAGAAUACGUUUCUGCUCCUCUGGUUGGGGGGUUUGGGGUUCCUGUCCAUCAACUGCGCGAUCCUGGUUCAGAUGAUUUCUCACUACCGUCCAGAACGCACCUCCAGAAAAAUGAAGCCGCUGUAA